CGGUGCGCGCGCGACCGGCUCAGUGCGGCUGGGCGCUCGGGGCAGGAAGAGUUCUACGCGCUCAGCGCGGCGGGCGUCGGAGGCAGCGGGGAGUGGAGCGGAGCUGCCGGGGCCUCCCUAGGGCCGCAGCGGCAGCAGUUGGGCCCCCCGCCCCAGCCGGCGGCCCGCAGAGCGCAGGAAGGGGGCCGGGGGGACCCGCCCCCGGCCGGCCACAGUCAUGAACUCCAAUGUGGAGAACCUGCCCCCCCACAUCAUUCGCCUGGUGUAUAAGGAGGUGACCACGCUGACUGCUGACCCGCCUGAUGGCAUCAAGGUGUUCCCCAACGAGGAAGACCUCACUGACCUGCAGGUCACCAUCGAGGGCCCUGAGGGGACCCCUUACGCCGGAGGCCUGUUCCGCAUGAAGCUCCUGCUGGGGAAGGACUUUCCCGCCUCCCCGCCCAAGGGCUACUUCCUGACCAAGAUUUUCCACCCCAACGUGGGCGCCAACGGUGAGAUCUGCGUCAACGUGCUCAAGAGGGACUGGACAGCGGAGCUGGGCAUCCGGCAUGUGCUGCUGACCAUCAAGUGCCUGCUGAUCCACCCUAACCCCGAGUCUGCCCUCAACGAGGAGGCUGGCCGCCUACUCCUGGAGAACUACGAGGAGUACGCCGCCCGAGCCCGCCUGCUCACGGAGAUCCACGGGGGCGCCAGCGGGCCCAGCAGCGCCGAGGCCGGCCGGGCCCCGUGUGCGGGCGCAGCCCCCUCUGCUGACCCCCUGGCUCCCGGGGGUCCUGGAGGAGCCGAUGGCCCCAUGGCCAAGAAGCACGCGGGUGAGCGGGACAAGAAGCUGGCAGCCAAGAAAAAGACGGACAAGAAGCGGGCGCUGCGGCGGCUGUAGUGGCUCUUCUCCAGCCCUCCCCACCUCCCCCUCCCCGACACUGACCCCCAACUCUGUCUCUAAGUUAUUUAAAUUAUGGCUGGGGUGGGGGAGGGUAUGGGGGCACCGGGACCUGGAUUUGUUUUUCUAAAUAAAGUUGGAAAAGCA